CAGUGCUGUACACAGAGAAACCCUGUCUCAAACAACAAACCAAACCAAAUAAGCAAACCCCUCAGGAGUGGAGAGACAGCAGACUGAGGGAGACUCGCUGUGUAACCAUGAGAACCUGAUUUCAGACCAGAGCACCCUUGUAACAAGCGGGCUGAGCCUGUAACACCGGCACUGUAGAAAGCAGAGGUGGCAGAGACAGGAAGAUUGCCGGUAAUUGCUAUCUGACAUCCUAGCUGGAAAAAACCUGAGAGUGCUAGUUUCAGGGAGAGACUCUGCCUCAAAAAUACAUACAUACAUACAUACAUACAUACAUACAUACAUACAUACAUACAUACAUACAUACAAGAUGGAGAAUGUUGGAGGCAGGCUUCCUCUGGUCCCUAGAACACCCACAAUAAACCACACUCGUGAAUGCACACCCAGUAUAGAUCCUAAAAGAGAAUACAUUGUAUAAAUGAUCCAUCCACAAGUUGCUGUGGAUUUGCCUUUUAAUUUCCUUUGACCUUGAGCUUCGAUUUGAUUUAACCUUUAGUUCCAACUUCAGCUGGGCUUCCAGUGACUCUAAUGGCAGGGAAGCUGCAAAUGGAUUUAGAUGUACUAUUUAUGUAUAUGGAUGUUUUGUCAGCAUGCAUGUCCGAACACCAGGAGAGGCCAUUGCAUCCCUUGGGAGGACAGUUAUAGACAGUUGUGAGAGCCAUGUGGGUGCUGGGAAUUGAACUCAGGACCUUUGGAGCAGCCGCCCAUGCUCUUAACUGAUAUGCAAUCUUUCUAGCCCCUGAAGUUUUUAUAGUGAAUGUGUAGUCAAGGAAAGCUACUUUUUCAAUAUAAAGGGAGAAAGAACAAACUUAAAACUUUUUAAUUAUUAUUUUGUUUGUUUAAGACAGGGUCUCAUUACAUAGCCCCGGAUGUCCUGGAACUAACUCACUAUAUAGGCCAGGCUGGCCUAGAACUCACAGAGAUCUGCCUGCUUCACCACAUCUGGCCUAGACAUGGCCUAUUUAGUAACUAAAUAUAAUUAAAAUGCACUGUCAGUCUGUGUUUUAGUAUCUCAGAGGCACUGCCAGCAUAGUUCUUGUUUCUUAAGUGGCACUUGCUGCCUGACCUAUAAUCCCAGGACUCAAAGGCUAGGAUGAGCUGAUGCCCGAGCUGGGCAAGUGAAUUCAGGACAUCCAUGGCUCCAUAGCAAGACCCAGUCUUAGAAACAAAAGCGUGCUGUGGCAGUGGCUCGCUGGCUAAAACACUUGCUGUUCUUGCAGAGGACCCAGGCUUGAUUCCUAGCACCCACAGGGAGGCUCACCACCUUCUGUAACUCCAGGUCCAGACCCUCCCAAGACACAGACCUACACGCAGGCAAAACACCCAUACACACAGAAGAAAAUAAUAAGAAGGAAAAUUAGAACUAAUAAACUUAAAGUGAGCAGGCUGAUUAAAAAAGAACCAAGAAUUCAAUAUAUAGCAAAUUCAUUUUAAUUAUGAUGCUAUGGUAAAUUACAGUGUAAAAUGGAAAUGUAUUUGUCAGGGAAUUUGUAAAUACACUUUCGAUUUUGUCAUUUACAGAGCUUCAGGCUGAAACAUUCUUUUCCUGUAAUCAAACAUCAUUUAGAAAAUACCAAUAUUUAAGUUCCUUGGUGCGUUCUCAGUGACUCGGUACCUCCUAGCCCCCAGCCCUCCGCUCCUGUAGUAGUUUAGGUACUUAAAUAGGGUAUUCCAGAGAGAGGCAGUGUGGUUUAUUGCUGCCAUCCCUGUUUCUCUCUGUUAGGCGGGUCCCCUUGGCUAUCUAGACUAGAUAUUCCUGUCGGAUACCGCCUCUUCCUUUAAGGAUCCCAAGAAAUGGAGAUGAGAGAUGGCAGAAGUGACUUUAGGGGUUGCUGAAUGGUGAACUCAAGACAUCUGGCUCCCUUUGUCAGGGGCUUGAGACCCAGCAAUGUCGUUCUGAGAGUGCUCCAGGACAGCCCAGCCCCAGUUCCUAGACCUAGACUGAAGUUCAUUUCCCUAUCCCACCCCUCAGCAUUGAAGAUGCAGUACUGCGAGGUUGACUGAAGGUGGCGCCAUUUUCAUGUGAUUCCAACACACUCGGGAGACUGAGGCAGGAGGGUUGGCUUCCUGAUGAAUACAGGCUAACCAGGACCACAUCGCAAGACGGAAAGAGACCAGCAUUGUGGCCCGGCCUAUAAUCUCAGUUCAGGAGGCAGAGGCAGGUAGAUCUCUAUAAGACUGAGGCCAGCCUGGUCUAUUGUAGUGAGACCUUAUCUCAAACUACUAAUAAAUAAAUAGGGUAGGAGCAUGGUGGCAAAUGUCUAUAGUCCCAGCGUGUGGGAGGUGGAGGCAGGAGUUAUCCUAUGUUUAAGGUCAGCUUCUGCUACACUGAUUUUUUUGUUUGUUUGUUUUGAGGUAGGGUUUCUCUGCGUAGUCUUGGCUGCCCUGCAACUCACUCGGUAGACCAGGCUGGUCUUGAACCUAGAUUCCAGUAGCAAUCAAGGGCUAGAUUCCAGUAGGGCUGGCUGGAAUUUAGACGCCCCCCCCCCCUUUAGUACAUACCUUUGAUUCCUAAAGAUGAAGGUAAGGUUAGUUCGUAGAAGAAAGUGACGUCUAACUGAGGGGCAGGCAACGUCAAAUCAGAGAAAGAUUUGACAAAAUGAGUCAGAACUAGGGUAUGUCCAACUCUCAUGGGAAGAGCACAGGAAAGAGGCUGUUGUUAAAGAAAAAGGAGAGAAAAGGUAUGCGGGAUGAUGAGGUCAGGCAGAGCAGUGGGGUCAGGAGCUGUGAGAAACUGGGUGAUUAGUCAGCCUGGAAGAUUAGAUUGUACAGAGGCUAGAAGCUUGCAGCCUAGGCCCAGGGAUAAUUAGAACAGAGAAGGAAACACUCUGGGCCCAGACCAAGCUGUGUAUCCACACCGCUUGGGUACGGCUCUCUUCUCAUCACUUCAUCAGAGGAAACACAAGGGACAUUUACAGUGAAGGCCGUGGGACACCAUUGUGCUGCGUACUUAGGGAGUACAGGACCUGCUAAUGGAAAGCUGAGGAGAAGCAACCAUGGACCUGCUAGGCUACUCCUCCACAGAACCCACAGCCCGGAGCCCCAUCUCUUCUGACCACCGUCUAUGAAGCGCAUCCCUGGCGAAGGCCAGUUACUUGGAGCACUUGUGAAGCGACCUAUUAGAGUGUGCACAGUUACCUGCGUCUAUCAACUAUGUCCUUUAGUGCCACCAUUCUUUUCUCCCCUCCCAGUGGCAGUGAAGCCAGAUGCUGCUGCUGUGCCUGUAAGAGCGAGACUAGCCAGGGCAGCACGGGUUCUCAGGGCGGGAAUCCUCCCGCCAGUACCCCCAUCACAGUGACUGGACAUGGCCUGGCGGUCCAAAGCUCUGAACAGCUCCUGCACAUUAUCUACCAGCGGGUGGACAAGGCAGUGGGUCUGGCUGAGGCCGCCCUGGGGCUUGCGCGGGCCAACAAUGAGUUGUUAAAACAGCUCCAGGAAGAAGUGGGUGAGCUACGGCAGGGGAAAGUGUGCACCGCUGAUGAAGAUAGGGAGAGCCGGGCCCGCACCCCACCACCCGAAGAGCCUGGAGUGCUCAAGGGAAGUCCAGGAGAAGCCAGCAACUCUCUGCCUGCCAUGGAGGAGGAGUGUGAUAGCGUGGGCAGUGGCGUGCAGGUGGUGAUCGAGGAGCUGCGGCAACUGGGGGCUGCCUCCACCGUUGGGCAGGGGCCCUUGGGCUUCUUCGCAGCCCCCCAGAGAGAUGCGCGCCUUCCAGGGUGCACUCUGGCUGCGGUAGAGGGAGCUCCGCUGCUCAACCCGAUGGCAGACGACUAUGUGGCCUCUGAGGGUUCAAUACAACGAGUGCUGGUCCCCGCUUAUGCCAAACAGCUUUCGCCAGCCACACAAUUGGCUAUCCAGAGGGCAUCCUCAGAGACAGGCCCAGAAAGUGGAACCAAGCUGCCCGCAACGCGCCCUGAGGGUGUGCUCGGCUCUGCAGCUCUGGACAGUGCCUUGGACGAGUCAGGCGCUGGAGGCGCUGGGGAAUUGAGCCGCUCUCUUGGAUUUGUUGGCUCCCCAUGCAGGAUCCGAGGGACUGGCCAGAAAAACUCCAGGCGGAAGCGAGAUCUGGUGCUCUCCAAACUGGUCCACAAUGUGCAUAACCACAUCACCAAUGACAAGAGAUUCAAUGGGUCAGAAAGCAUUAAGUCGUCUUGGAAUAUUUCAGUAGUGAAGUUCCUUCUGGAAAAGCUCAAGCAGGAGCUGAUGGUGAGCCCCCACAAUUACACAGACAAGGAGCUGAAGGGAGCCUGUGUGGCCUACUUCCUUACCAAGAGGCGAGAGUACCGCAAUUCUCUCAACCCUUUCAAAGGCCUAAAGGAGAAAGAGGAGAAGAAACUUCGAAGUCGCCGAUACCGGCUUUUCGCCAAUCGAUCCAGUAUCAUGAGGCACUUCGGACCCGAGGACCAGCACCUGUGGAAGGACGUGACAGAAGAGCUGAUGUCCGACGAGGAGGACAGUCUUAAUGAGCCAGGUGUGUGGGUGGCCCGCUCGCCCCGAUUCAGGGCCCAGCGCCUCACAGAGCUCUGCUACCACCUGGAUGCUAACUCUAAGCACGGCACCAAAGCCAACCGCGUCUACGGGCCUCCCUCAGACAGACUGCCUUCUGUGGAGGCCCAACUCCUUCCUCCCGAGCUGUACAACCCCAAUUUCCAAGAAGACGAAGGAGGGGGCAAUGAGAAAGGACCUGUCUCCCCAUCUUAUGACCAGCCCCACAAGACAUCCUGUCCUGACUUGAACUCGUUUAUUGAAAUCAAGGUGGAAAAGGAUGAAUACACUCUAUAACAAGGCUAACUGGCUCCUCCCACUCUCCACAUCCUGGAAAGGAUGGCUCGGAUUGGUAAAAGAAAAUCUGCUUUUCUUAACAUAGUUUCCACUUGAAGUGGAAUAGCAGAACUUAUGUAGAAGGCAGGGGAGGUCUUUCUCCCUGUGAAUGGCAGCCCAGAAAAUGUUUAUCCCUAAGUAUAAACAGUGCCUCAGAGGAGCCUGGGAUGCAAAGGAGGAUGGGCCAAAGAAACAUGAGGCCUUGAUCCAUGUCGUGAGGCCUUGAUCCAUGUCGUGAGGCCUUGAUCCAUGUCCCCUCUCUGAUUUGGUUUGCCCCCCACUCUCCCACCCCACCCCACCCCACUGUACCCCACAGCUCAGGAGAAACAUUGCUGGUCUUGUGCUGCCCCGGAGGCUGAAGAGAGCAGUCCAGGGUCAUACUGCCCCCUGGUGGGAAGUUUCAGUCAUGGGCUUUCUAGUCUGAGCAGGGAAUUAUGGGCUUACCGCUAUUUGGAAUUAGGAUGUAGAUAUGAUAGUUAUUGUUUGGAUUUUUUAAAUGAUAGUUAUUGUUUGUUGGAUUAUAUGAGAAAAGUUUAUUAUUUCCAUAUUACACGUGAGGAAAUUAAAGCUUAAACAUUUU